GCUCUGUUUCAUUCACAGGUCUCUCUUGCUCACUUCCACUGGGUCUCGUUGUCGCUGGAGGACUAUCCAAGAUGUCGGCGCCCAUGGAGGUAGUGGUCUGCUCGGACUCGGCUGGGCAGCUCUGGAACUGCGCGGUUUUCGAGCUUCAUUCCGGGACCAACCUGCUCUCAUACCGGGGAGGGAACACCUCGGCUCGGUCCCUGGCUAUCCUGAACGGGGAACACCUUCUCGGAGCCCAGCUCGGCAAGAACUACAUCAACGUGUGGGAGAUCCAGAGAAAGGAUCAGCUGCAGCAGAAGAUUGUGUGUCCUGGGAUCGUGACCUGCCUGACUGGCUCCCCCAAUGGCCUGUACCUGCUGGCUGGGAUUGCAGAGAGCAUCUACCUGUGGGAGGUCUCGACUGGAAGCCUGCUGGCGGUGCUCAACAGACACUACCAGGAUCUGACCUGCCUGCGCUUCACUGAUGACAGCAGCCACUUCAUCUCAGGAGGCAAAGACAACCUGGCUCUGGUGUGGAGCAUCUGCAGUGUGCUGCAGGCAGACCCCUCUCAGACUCCAGAGCCCCGGCAUGUCUGGGCCCGGCACUCCCUCCCCAUCACAGACAUCCACUGUGGCCUAAUGGGACCCCAGGCUCGUGUAGCCACUGCCUCCCUGGACCAGACUGUCAAGCUUUGGGAAAUCUCCUCAGGGGAGAUCCUGCUGUCUGUCCUCUUCGAUGUGGGGAUCUUGUCCGUCACCUUCGACCCCUGCGAGUACUCUAUGUUCUGUGGCGGCAGUGACGGCAACAUCUUCCAGGUCGCUCUGUGUGGAACGAAUCUCCAGCGAGACAAGAGCUUUCAGAACGACCGGGAGGGGAAUCAGGUGUUCAAGGGACACAGGAACCUGGUGACAUGUCUCUCUGUGUCCAUGGACGGCACGCUGUUAGUCUCGGGCUCCCAUGACGAGACUGUAAGGCUGUGGGACAUUCAGAGUAAGCAGUGCGUGAGGACCGUCAACCACAAAGGCUCGGUGACCAAUGCCUUUAUCAUGCCGGCUCCUGCAAACAUGUUCCAGCCGGACAGCCGACCCACUGUGGGACUGCCUCGCUUCACCCGCCACCUGAACACCUCAGAGCCAGGGGAGGGGGGUGAGACGGGGGGGGUCAGCCUGCGCCUGGGGCUCCAUAUGCAGGGCACUGAAGACUCAUACUUGGAGAAGGCCGGCAGGUUGCAUGCGUUGAUGUGUGCAGCCACAGACAAGAGUGUGUUCGGAAACGGGGAGAAUACCAAGGUGCGAGUGGCGGAGCUGGAGGACGAGGUGAAGAAGCUAAAGAAGAUCAACAAGGACCUUUACGAGUUCUCAACACAAAUCCUGACCAAGCAACACUGAGCCAGGGUCACGCCCAGGGGUACAUGAAACGGCUGGUUUCAUAGACUCCAAUUAGCUCUUAUCGUAGACUAGUCUGUGUCUGUGAAACCAGCCAGUCAUGUGGUCUCUUAGGCUGUGUAAAAAUCUAUUUGUAACGGAUGCUGUCAACCAGGAGGUGGUGUGUAAAGUCAACGAAGGAGACUCAUUGGGCUUGAUUCUCAAAGAUAUUUACUGUCAAAGAAAUCGGAGACAACUUACGGGCUACUUCCAGGCCCCUAAAAGAAAUAUCUGGAUUGUUUAUUUCCGGUUUGGUAAUUUUAUUGAGGGCUUUUUUCCUAAUGACAGUUUGGAGUGAAUCGCUAUCAGAAUCUAGUGCAUUGUGUCUAAUGGUGCCAGCAGCUUUUCAUAUAGGCUUCUGAUACACACAUACAGCUGUGACCAAAAGUUUUGCAUCAUCGUGAAUGUUCGGAUUGAAACUAAAUAAAAAUUGUGUGUGUAUAUGCCAUGGCCCAUUGCACCCGUGGUUAAGUCAACGCCAAUAUACUGGGAUGCCAUUUAGUGUUGACUUAUCUGAGGUGUCGAGUUAACCACGGGUGCACACGAGCCAUGGCAUUAACAUGCAGAUAAGUAACAGAACUCACAUGUUUAUAGUAUUAUAGUAUGUCCUUAUGAAAACGGUAGAACUGCAGUGAAUGAAUCGGUUACAGUAUACAGUACUGUACAAACUCGGUACAACUCGUAUAGCUCAAUUGAAAUAAGAAUUUGUAAAAUAACUACAGCGUUAUUUUUACGAAAACAAUCCAACCGCAAACUGGGCACAAACUGUUGACUAUACUUUUAGUUAUUGGCUGGUACUGUCUGAUUUGACAGCUUAAGUAGCAAAAGUUAAUUCUGUAUAAUGUACAUUUGUUAACUUGGUGAACAAAAAUAAUAACAAACACAAAAAUCAAGCAUUGUCGAUUGUUUCGCAUGCAAAAACCCACGCUUUGAAAGUUCUGCUGACAAGCUUGUUGUCCCAAAUAACCUGAGCUUUAAAACCAAUUGAAUGAGAACUCAUUUUUCACUUCACUCAGUGUGAACUGACACUGUAACCAGCUGCACUUGGUAGCUGAGAAUGAAUGAAUGAAUGAACGAUCCGUUUCCAGUCCAGUGAAACAAGAGUGUCAGGUAGAGUUCAGUAACGUAAUGAGACAGUGUCGAGUUGUCCACUAGUCUUUUUAAUAGUUUUUAUCCCUUCGGUACCGGUAAUAAGUGUCGAGUUACAAGUAAAGCGUGGUGUCGAAUUCAGAAAUUAAGAGGCAGGAUGCAUAUGUUUUAUAUCAUGUAAUGAAAAAAACUACAAAAGUCUACCGGAAGCCAUAAUAGUACAGUAUUUCAUGUUAGAUUUCAAAAUGUUACAUUUUUAAAUUGUCAGUUUUUUUUUUUUUUUUAAGUAUAUGAAAAACUUCAAAGUGGUAUGUAAUUCAGUAUGUUAACAUAACGUUAUUCAGCACGUUUCAUUCGACUUAAGAAAGCAAAAUCUGUUGAUUCUAUAGGAGAUGCAAAACCUUUGGCCAUAGCUGUACACUGUAAUAGCAGUUGUAUCGGGCACAUUUUCCACAGUUUUGGUGGAGGCCUCCUAAAGACCUUUCCCCAACAGCAGUGUGAAGCAUCUCUGGAACCUCCUGUACUAACUCUGGGGUAGAGAUCCAUUCAGCAAACUGCUUCAAACAGAACAGAGACACAUUCAGCAAACUGCUUCAAACAGAACAGAGAUCCAUUCAGCAAACUGCUUCAAACAGAACAGAGAUCCAUUCAACAAACUGCUUCAAACAGAAGUCUGAGAUCUGCACAGAUUACUGAUCUUGAACGCAGCCCCUGAUUUCUGUUAGUCAGUUUGGGAAUGAGGGUUUUCUGAGUGUGGAAUGGGAGGGGGGAGCUGCUGAAAGGUUACAAUUCCAGGAUUUUUUUUUCUGUAUCGAUUUAUGAUUUUUGGCAUGCAGGUUAUUUUUGAGGUCUUUAAGUGUAAUAAAAGUUAUUUAGUAUAAAAUA